GUAAAGAGCACAAAAUCACUACAGACACUGACAUUUUUGGGGGUUUGUUGUUUUUGUAUUUGAGAUGAAAGGACUAGCUAGAAAUAUAGUGCCUCAUAUUCUUGUUUCUGGUCAUGUAUUUGGUGCCUGCAUUUCUCUGCCACUCUACUAGUACAAACUGUGGCUUAUUUUUAGCCACUGGUAGAGUGAUCCUUCCGAGACAAGUUAGUAGGAAGACUUAAAAUAGGAACAAGUAGUUCAAACUUCAUUUGACAAAAGAGGACAAACUAAAGGCUGAAAAAUGUCUGCAACUGCCCAUGAAUAUGAGUUUGUGAGAAUUCAGACUUACGUUCUUAAAGUUCAGAUACAUUGUCAUGGGUGCAUGCGGAAGGUGAAGAAACUGCUUAAAAGAAUUGAAGGGGUUUAUCAAGUGAAAAUGGAUGUCGAAGAACAAGUGGUCAUAGUAUAUGGUAAUGUGGAAGCUGCAACACUGAUCAAGAAACUAAACAAAUCAGGGAAACAUGCAGAGCUUUUAUCAGAGAACCCAUUAGAAAACCAAGAAAUACAACUACUCUAUAACAGGUUCAAUGAUAACAACAAUCACCAAAACCAGGGAGCUCUAAACUGGUGUGACUAUGAGAAGACUCAGAACCCGGAACUCCUUAACUGGCUCAAUAAUAUCAAGCACCAAAACCAAAUGCACAGCUCAUACAAUUCUCUUGGAACCUCCAAGAUGAAGCCUAUGUUUGCCCCUACUGAACGAGGCUUCGAUCACUGGGGCAACAAUGAGUUUCUGGACCGGAGUAUCGGCAUUGGCUCCCUCACAGGUGAAACAAACCAAAACUUGUAUGCACUAGGAAACAUGGAUUAUCCAUAUUUUAGUCAGGAGGAAAACAUCACUAACAAUGCAGAUUUUGGAAUAACUUCCCCAUUUGAAAAUCUGCAAAGUAUACAAGCUGGUAGAAGAAAUUCAAUAGUUGAUUUUCAAGGUCUCCGAAGCACUAAUCCUAGUUUUGCUCCAAACCAAGGUCUCAAAAAUGUAAAUUCCCAUUUUGCUGAUUUGAAAAGCAAAGGACUAGGACUAGAGAACUUACAUACUGCUCGGGGGGAUUAUGGAUAUCAACCAAGGCAAUUCAGUGAGAUGAAUGACAUGCAGGCUUACCGUUACAAUUAUCCAGCUUCAACAAUGAUGAACUCUUACAGGCAGAACAUGCAUGGCAAUGGCAUUGACAACUUCAACAGUGAUAUCUACGCGUAUCAACCAGGGAGUAUUCUCAAUCAGAGAUAUGGUGUCUUCCCACCCAACAUAAGCCAUCCUUGGAACCAGGGAGUAUUCUCAAUCAGAGAUAUGGUGUCUUCCCACCCAACAUAAGCCAUCCUUGGAACGUGAAUGGCUAUAGUAUUUGAGAGAUUACCGUCUCCACCUCUAUAUGUAGUUUAAAUUUCAAGUUUAACAUUUAAACUCUUCUCGUUUCCCUCUUCUUCUUCUU